UUUCAUAGAUUCUGCAUUUAGUUUCCAUUCGUUCCCUUUCUUCUUUUCUAAAGUUUCGACAACUGUUUUCGCAGUAUUUCCUGCAGAACUCGCUGUUGCUGCAAGGGACGCAAUGAUGGAGAUGAUGGUCGAGAUUGUCACCGGGUCUAUCAUGUCGGAAUGUCGUCUGAGACUGAUCGAGGGUGAAGAAGGAAGGAGAUAAGAAAACUCCAGAAAAGUGUAGCAAACCUCGGAAAAGUGUCCCAUGCGUCUCGGAGAAGUGUAGCAAACAUUUGAAAUCUACUAGUUGGCGCCUUUUAAAAUGGAUGAAGCCAUUAGGAGAAAAAUAUCCAAUAUUGUUUCAAAGUUGUUGUACACACAAAGUUUCGUAGAGAUUGGGGUGAAGCUUUGAGGAUGUAUGAUGAUGCUUAUCAUGUUCUAAGAGACAUAAUUUGUACUUCAACAAGAUUGCCUCCAAUUCAAUGUGUAGUUGAGAUCAAGACCAUUGCUAAGCAACUAAACUUUAAUUGGCAAGCAAUGGCAAUGGCUGCUGCCUCACUGGCUUAUGGUUCUGAAAAGAAAAACAAUGAAAUUACCCUGGUGUUUGACCUUGGAGGUGGAACUUUUGAUGUGUCUGUUAUUGAGGUGGGUGAUGGCGUGUUUGAGAUGUUGUCUACUUCUGGAGAUACUCAUCUUGGUGGUGAUGAUUUUGAUAAGAGAAUUGGUGAUUGGCUAUCAUCAAAUUUCAAGGAGGAUGAUGGUAUAGACCUUCUGGAGUUUUUGCUGAUGAAGCUAAAUGGCCAACAAGAGUUGUUGGAGUUCCAGUCACAUUAAAUGAAGAUCUAAAGAAUCAGUUUGUCUCUCUCACUCCCAUUCUAAGCUGGACAUACAAAACUUGCAUGUCCAGCUUACCGAGAGUGUUGGAGGAUGAAGCCAUUAGGAGAAAAAUAUCCAAAGGAUAGUAGUGUCAUUUACUAUAUAUCCAUCUUCUUCCCCUGUAUAUAUACAGUUAUGCAUUUUUGGAUUCUAUUCUGUAAGUUCUUCUACUGCAAUCAAUACAAUUUUUCCUUUUCCCUUCACUAUA